CCGUUAACGAGGCCUGCGUCACAGCUGAGAAUAUUCGUCACUCUUCGGCAUCCACCGUGGCGUGGAUCGUAGAAACAAUCGGAAAGCGCCAUUUUCAUCCCUUUUCAGACGAGGUUGCGCGAGCAGGCAUGCGCAGAAACAACACCCCGUCAAACGCCUCCAGUAAAGUGGCGCGCCCUGCCGCACCGCGUAACCGCGCCCUUUCUACUCGAGCUCAAAAACCAUUCUCAUCAUCAGCUCCUGUAAAACUCAAUAAUCACUUAAUAUUCUGCAAACCAAAAUGGACACUGUUUUUUUAAGUAUUUAUUUUCAAAUUUCUGCCGUUUUUACCUUGCCGACGUAUACGAUAUAACCGAAUUUCGUGCUGAGUGUGAAUUACUGUGUAUCUGUAUACUUUUAGUAAAUUAAGUGUGCUUGUGUGUAUUUAAGACUGAGAUUGCCACAUCGCUCAUUCAGUGAAAAUAUUGGUUCCGAUGUCUUUUCCAUCCGGCAGUGUUUUUUGGACAAUUACAACAACACAGCGCACCUAAGCAUGGUAAUCAAAUAAUGAAGUUUUUUGGAAAUAUUUCUAUAAAACGUUCUAUUCGAGCAUGCUGAUUAAAAGAAAAAUUACUCUGUGGACUAAACUAAAAUCCAAGCUUGUUAAUGAGAAGCAAGGACAUCUUGCCCAGACUGAAUUACAAAAUAUGUGAUACAAAAUUAAAGCUACUUUGACAUGAAGGUAUAUGCCACCAGAAAUGAAGAUAAACCAGCUCUAGCGCCAACAUCCUCGACCGAAACACUAAAAUGGUCGACUCAUAGCAUCGGUUUUUCACGUGUGCGUCUAGUAUCCAAAAAGCUGGCUUUAGGCGCAGAAAAAUGUUAAUAUUGAUAAUAUUGUAUUUCAUUUCGUUUCCCGUGCUGACUACUAGAUUAGUCAAAGGUGAAACAACCAUGGAUUCUAAGUCACCACAACCUAUUAUCAGCUCCAGAGUUGUACGCACCAAGUAUGGUGACAUCAGGGGGUUCAUAGUUACACCUGAGUCCAGGUUUUUAGAACCAGUAGAAGUAUUUAGGGGAAUUCCAUACGCAUCUCCGCCCGUAGGCUCCUUAAGGUUUAUGCCACCUGUGUCAGGAGCGCAAUGGUCGGGAGUUAAAAUUGCAGAGGAAUUCAGCCCGGUUUGCCCUCAAGUUCUUCCUGACAUAAGAAACGAGACAGCGGUAUUGAAGAGAAUAUCAAAAGGGAGGUUAGAAUACUUGAAAAGGAUACUUCCCUUUUUAACAAAUCAGGCUGAGGACUGUUUAUACUUGAAUAUCUACGCGCCAGCACAAGCCGGCGUACGAGAUGCUGUAGCCAGAUACCCGGUGCUGGUGUUCGUGCAUGGUGAGAGCUACGAAUGGAGUUCGGGAAACGCCUACGACGGCUCUGUGCUGGCGUCGCACGCCGGUCUCGUCGUUGUUACCAUCAACUACCGCCUAGGAAUUCUAGGAUUCCUCAACCCACGCUCAGACGAGUAUCCACGCUCGCCAGCAAAUUACGGAUUGAUGGACCAAAUCGCAGCUUUGCACUGGAUCAAAGAGAACGUAGCUGUUUUCGGCGGUGAUCCCACUAACGUCACGCUCAUGGGGCACGGGACGGGCGCAGCCUGCGUGCAUUUCCUACUAACAUCACUGGCUGUUCCAGAAGGUCUACUUUUUCACCGAGCCGUACUUAUGUCAGGGUCUGGCCUUAGUCCAUGGUCGCUUGUGGCUGACCCGAACAAAUACGCUGCCAUAGUAGCGACACACGCAAACUGCUCGCCAGAACUCACUCCUCCGGCACUUCUAAGAUGUUUACGGGAGCGUCCGCUCGAGUCACUUAUGUCAGCACCAGCGCAAGCACCGGACUUUUCUUAUGCAUUUGGACCUAGUGUUGAUGGGGUCGUUAUUGAUACUGGCGAUCUUCUUAUUAACCCAGAAAAUGGGUAUGACUGGGGAGGACAACCUAGACAACUAUUGGGAAAACAAACGCAGAACGCGAUCAACAUUAUCAACGCUGUCUUGAUGCGCAAGAGUGCCAUUGCUCAACUAACCAAGUACGACCUAAUGCUGGGGGUGACAAAGGCCGAGGCCUACUUCGCAUUCAGCGGCGACGACGUCCAAUACGGUAUAGAGGCUGACAGGAGAUCCAAAAUAUUGAGGUGUUUUGUUAGAAAUACAUAUAGCUACCACUUAUCGGAAAUUUUAGCUACAAUUAUUAAUGAAUACACGGAUUGGGAGCGUCCAGUGCAACAUCCUAUCAAUAUAAGGGAUGAAACGUUAGAGGCGCUGAGUGACGCCCAAGUAGUGGCUCCGAUGGUUUUGACUGCGGACACGCAUUCUGCAUUGAGACGUAAUUCAUAUUUGUAUGUAUUUGACUAUCAAACCAAAUACGGAGACUACCCACAGCGACAAGGCUGCAUCCAUGGCGAAGAGCUGCCCUACAUUUUCGGCGCUCCGCUUGUGGGCGGGCUGGCUCACUUCCCUCGGAAUUACACUAAAGCUGAAGUUGCAUUAUCCGAAUCAGUAAUGCUAUAUUGGGGGAACUUCGCGAAGACUGGAAACCCUAAUGAAGCUCAAGAAAGUGAUCCCAUACGCGCAGGAAGACAGGAGCGGGCAAGGAUGAAGAACAUUGAAUGGACGGCUUAUGAGGCUGUACAUAAGAAGUAUAUUAGCAUCGAUACAAAGUCCAAAUUGAAAAAUCACUACCGAGCACAUAGGCUUUCAUUCUGGUUGAAUCUAGUACCAGACCUUCACCGGCCGGGGGGAGAAGAUGUUCCGUCGUCUCAUCACCAGCUUGAUAAUGAUGAUCCGUCUUUACAACCGACUUUAAAAACAUAUAGCCCACCGCUUAAGAAAACGACUGAUUUAGUCCUAAUAGAUACAGGAGUUCCGACUAAGUUACCUAUUCUUAACCUAAAUAAUAUAACUUCCCCAUUAAACUUUAAUAUUAUUGGAGUAAAUGCUCCAACUCAAAUGACUGUAGGAGGUACAGAUGUCCAUAAAUCGGAAUCACCUACUAACACCCCGCCAGAAGACGGAUUUGCAGCAUAUUCAACUGCAUUAAGCGUGACUAUAGCUAUAGGAUGCUCAUUAUUAAUUCUUAAUGUUCUAAUAUUUGCGGGCGUGUACUACCAAAGGGACAAAACAAGAAUGAAUGGUCAAGAUGCUCACACGAAUGGCUCACAUUUAAAGAAACGGGUAGAAAAUGGUCAAAUGCCUAAUAAUAUUUGCGGAGAUCUUGAAGGAGCUCUUACUUAUCAAACGAGCCUCAAAAACGACCCGGCUACAAUACUUAGUCACCACCAUACACAUUCUCAUCACCAAUUGCCUCCGCCCGAAUUUGCAGAUUUGCCGAGUAAUAAUGUUACAAGUAUGGCUACAUUGCCUCGAGCACCACCUCCACCCAAAUUGGGAAAAAGCAAUAUAAAUACAUUAGCCAGUGGCCAGUUGCCGGAAAAUCAGCCUUUGCUGUCUGCACAUCAAAUGCAAAUGAUUAACACCAGUACUCUGACUAAAAAGAACACACAGUUGAACUCCAAGUCAAACGUGACAAUGGAGGAGCUGCGUGUGUGACGCCAGCGCGCCUGACUGCAACGGGCUGGGAGUUGCAGCGAUGUGGUUCACCACGACGAAAUUGUGUGACUUGAGCCGGACCUUCUCAAGUGUCUUACAGAUUACAAUGUCAUAUAGUCUGACGAGGUAAUCUCGGUGCCACUUUGAAGGUGAAUCGUUUAACUUGACUGACUGUAAAACGAUGGUGUAAAUCAACGCAUCGUGGAGUAUAAUUAUUUAUGUAAAAAAAACACAUAAGAUGUAGUAAAACUACAGUGAAAUAAAAGUGCUAAGGUACUAGUGUAGUCAAGUUAACAUUAAUAUUUUAAUGUUUGUAAAUAUAUGUAAAUACGAAGCCCUAUUGGUGUGUAAAUAUAUAUGUAGUAGACAGUUCAGUGGCAUAUCCAUCUUUAUAACAACUAUUUUAAUUAUAAUAGGGUGAGUUAGUACUAACGAUUGUAUGGCGUGUAUAAUUAGUGUUAAUUUCAGUCUUCUUUUAAAAUAAUUCCUUAAAGUACGUUUUAAUUAACGGAUUUUACAUAUUAAGGCAAACAUUUAAUAGUAGACUGAAAUAAGGACAGUGAAUUUAAUAACAUAGUUUUAAUAGAGUCGAUCAUAAAUAUUUAAAUGUUACAGAACACCAAAUUUUGCCGCUUAAAACUAAUUAGUAGAAGCUGUAAUCGAUUUGUCACUACUAAGUUAAUGUAAUAGUUGUGUAAUUGUUGUCAUAUAUGAGCUGAAUUAGAUAUUAACUGUAGAAACAAAAUUUCCAGAUAUUUACUGUUAAAUUGUGCGUAUUUACUUCAUUGGACGGAUUUUUAAUAAUGACAACAACAUCAGAAUUAAUUGAUUGCAUACAUUUUGCCUAAUAUUUUAAUAUUUCUUAGUUUUAUUGCUUUUAUACCUCCUGAAGGUUUGUUUACAUACUUAUUAUUAUAAUAAUGACAAGAAAAGUGAAUAUGAUUCAAAUGAUUUCCUUAACCAGUGGCGGGGUGGCCUAGGGGUUCAUGGCGUUAGCCGCGACAGCUAAAGACGCCGGUUCGAAUCCGGCCUUCACCACUGGAGGGCUUCGUCACUUUUUCUUUAAUAUAUGACAUCUAUUACAGUUUUUUUCCUUAACCAGCCUAGAAGUCUAGGGGCUGGCCUGUGUGUCUCGCUAGUUAGUUCUUAUAUUGAUGCGAAGGAAAUGCACAUGUGUCUAUAACAGAUUAAGAUAGGCAUUAGGGUGGCCUAUAAAGUACGAGGUCCAAUAAAUCUGUCGUAACCCGGGCAUCUAUUUUAAGAGAAUUGAUGUCGAUUUGCGCAAUGUACCAAUGUAAUAAAAUAUGUCAAAUUAUACUUACUCUACGCAAGCCCUCCAAACAGGAUAUCUCCGGAGCGCAUUCGAAGCGGCUCGGCAAUUCUUGUAGCGAGAAUGUGUGUAUACAUAUUGUAGCUACCGUUGAUUACUCCCAACAGCUUGUGACUGACAAUUGGAUUAGUUAUAUAGGUACUAAGUAUCAGGGUUUGUAGUUUGUACAAUUUAUUAAUGACGUACAGUCAACGAAUAUAUAAUCCCGCUUAUUCAGUUGCCCAUGGAUUGUAUCUUCUGCGCAUACAGACACAGUACAGUAUUUUCACAAAAAUUUGCAUAUUUUGUUUCUACGGUUAAUAACUAUUUUAUUUUUGUUUCUGACAUAGACGGACCAAUAGCUGUAAAUAUGUAAAUAAUUUAAGGUAAUCCUGUAUCAGGCAGUAGAGUUCCCGUUUUAUUUUACAUUUAAAUAUUUAAAUUGUGACUGAAUUGAAGUAUCUAUUCGUAGUACUUAAUAAUAAAAAUAAA